ACUCCUUCGAUGGGUGAAGAACGUCGCAGCCCUAGUCAAGCGGCAUCCGUUCAUGAGUUUGACCUUGACAAAGUACCUGAGGAUGCUGAUGAAGACAGCAGUAGUGGAAAAGAGGAAGCACUCGUCGACGAAGCUAAGGCUGCCGCGACAACAAACAUUAAGAAAGAAGAAGAUGUCGUUGAGCAGACAAAUCCAUUGAAGACAGCUGCUAAUGAGAAAACGUCACAACCGAGUGUCAACAAUGAGGUGCCUGAGCUGAAAAAGGAAUUGGAAUCCAGGAAACCAUUGGAGAAACUAGAACAAGUUGCAAAGAUGGUUGAAGAGGUGAAACCUGAGAAUGCAGAAGCGGAGGAGUCGAAAAAGGAUGAGAAGUUAUUUGAUGACAUUGAUUCGGAUGAAAACGAUGAGAAUGUUGCCAGUGUCAUUACUGACGAUAACACGUGGAAGCAUGGCGAUCAGGAGGCAUGUACGUCGAAAAAUGCGAUAUUCGUGCAGUCGAUCGUGCGGCCAUGCGGCCAGAUGUGUGCACGAACUGAUCUGUCAUAUCGUAUGCCGAGCGAUUGCGAAUGGGCGAAGCGAAAACGGGAAAAGAAGGAGAAAGCUGCUGCCGCUGCGGCAGCUGCUGCUCAGCAACAGUCGCAAACUCCAACACAGCCAAAAAAGGUAUUAAAAGAAACGAGUCAAUGUACUAGCGACUAUUUAUGA